AUGCCGGCUGCUUACCUGUCCUUCCCAGCAGUGUUCACCAGGGGCCCCAGCCUUCGGGUCCAGAGGAGUGACACUGUGCAGCUGGACUCAGGGGGGCUCUGCACCCAGAAAGGGAUCCUCUGCUCCCUGGGAGCCAGCAGUCCUUGGAAGGCUGCUGAUGAGUGGGCCGAGAAAAUGCCCAAAGCAUCGCCCAGAUCUCCCAGAGAAGUGGCCAACAGAGACAUCCUGGCACGGCUCCACAGGGCAGUGACUGCCCAUUACCAUGCCAUUGCCCAGGAGUUUGAGAACUUUGACACCAUGAAAAACAACACGGCUUCCAGAGACGAGUUCAGGGCCAUCUGUACACGCCACGUGCAGAUCCUGACUGACGAGCAGUUUGAUAGGCUCUGGAGCAAGAUGCCCAUCAAUGCCAAGGGGAGGUUGAAGUACCAGGACUUCCUGAGCCAGUUCAGUACUGAGAAGCCACCCUCACCACCAGCCCUGGGCGACCCCACUGCUGCCCACCGGGGCAGCAGUGCCCCAGAGGUCUCCGAAGGAACCCGGUCACCCUCUCGGGACCUGAGAACUGGGCUGAAAUCGCGGAGUCAUCCCUGUACCCCAGCGAGCACGAUGCUGGAGCCGGGCACCCCGCCCCUGCAGAACUGUGAACCCAUUGAGAGCAAGCUGCGGAAGCAGAUCCAGGGCUGCUGGCAUGAGCUCCUAAGAGAGUGCAAGGAGAGGGAUGUGGACAGGCAGGGCAUUACCGCUCCUGAGUUCCUGGCUCUUGUGGAGAAAUUCAACCUGGAUAUAAGCAAGGAGGAGAGCCAGCAGCUCAUCAUGAAGUAUGACUUGAAAAACAAUGGUAAAUUUGCUUACUGUGACUUCAUUCAGAGCUGUGUCCUCCUGUUGAAAGCCAAGGAAACCUCACUGAUGCAGAGGAUGAAGAUCCAGAACGCGCACAAGAUGAAAGAGGCUGGUGCCGAGACGUCCUCCUUUUACUCUGCCUUGCUGCGUAUCCAGCCCAAGAUCCUGCACUGCUGGAGGCCCAUGCGGCGCACGUUCAAGACCUAUGACGAGGGUGGGACAGGCCUGCUGAGCGCGGCCGACUUCAGGAAGGUGCUGCGGCAGUACAGUAUCAACCUCUCGGAGGAGGAGUUCUUCCAUGUGCUGGAGUACUACGACAAAGCGCUGUCCUCUAAGAUCUCCUACAACGACUUCCUCCGCGCCUUCCUCCAGUAG